GUCGAGCGAUUUUGAGGUGUGGUCAUCAGCGCCUGCCAUAUUGGAUUUUGUCCGGUGGGCGAGUUUUUGGGCGGACUAAGAGUUCAUGGCGGCCAUCCGGAAGAAGCUGGUGAUCGUGGGCGAUGGCGCCUGCGGCAAGACCUGCCUGCUGAUCGUUUUCAGCAAGGACCAGUUCCCCGAGGUGUACGUGCCCACCGUCUUCGAGAACUAUGUGGCAGACAUCGAGGUCGAUGGCAAACAGGUGGAGCUGGCGCUGUGGGACACGGCCGGCCAGGAGGACUAUGACCGGCUGCGGCCGCUCUCGUACCCGGACACGGAUGUCAUUCUCAUGUGCUUCUCCAUCGACUCACCCGACUCACUGGAGAACAUCCCCGAGAAGUGGACGCCCGAGGUCAAACAUUUCUGCCCGAACGUGCCCAUCAUCUUGGUUGGCAACAAGAAGGACCUGCGCAACGACCCGAACACCAUGAAGGAGCUGAGCAAGAUGAAGCAGGAGCCCGUGCGACCGGAGGAAGGUCGCGCCAUGGCUGAGAAGAUCAACGCCUUCGCUUAUUUGGAGUGUUCGGCCAAGAGCAAGGAGGGCGUGCGGGAGGUGUUCGAGACGGCCACGCGGGCCGCGUUACAGGUCAAGAAGAAGAAGAAACCCAGGUGUAGGCUGUUGUAAUGGGCGCCACUGCCAGGUGUGAGGGCGGUCUCUGGUGGGCGCCUCCGAGCGUCAGCGCGUGUCCCGCCCCGCUCCGCCCGCUCUCUCUGCCGUGCUUCAGCCGGCCGGCUGCCGCCCGGCGCCGCGGACCUCUGUUUACCCGUAUAUACGUGUCCGUAAUCGGUGUGCGUGCGUGCGAGUGCGAGUGUGGAGCCGACCGCCGGUCGGCCGUCUGUCUGCCGGCGUGGGCAGCGGCGGCCCGACCGGCCGUCUGUUUGCCGGCAUAGGCUGUCUGCCGGCGUGGGCAGCGGCGGCCCGACCGGCCGUCUGUCUGCCGGUGUUGGCAGCAGCGGCCCGACCGGCCGUCUGUUUGCCGGCAUGGGCUGUCUGCCGGCGUGGGCAGCGGCGGCCCGACCGGCCGUCUGUCUGCCGGUGUCGGCAGCGGCGGCCCGACCGGCCGUCUGUCUGCUGGUGUUGGCAGCAGCGGCCCGACCGGCCGUCUGUUUGCCGGCAUGGGCUGUCUGCCGGCGUGGGCAGCGGCGGCCCGACCGGCCGUCUGUCUGCCGGUGUUGGUAGCAGCGGCCCGACCGGCCGUCCGUUUGCCGGCAUGGGCUGUCUGCCGGCGUGGGCAGCGGCGGCCCGACCGGCCGUCUGUCUGCCGGUGUAGGCAGUAGCGGCCCGACCGGCCGUCUGUCUGCCGGCGUCGGCAGCGGCCGCCCGGCAACGGCCCGGCCGGCGGGUACGUCGAUCGGUGGCAUUGUGUAUUGAUUAUGCUUAGUAGCUGUGGCUAUUAUUUUGGUUGUAGCAUGCGUAUGAGUCACAAUUGUAAUGAAAAUAAGGAUGUUUUGAUAUUUCCAUGGAUCCUUCGUACCAAUAAAUUUAUUUAAAAUGGA